UGAAAGACAGCGGAGCGGUUGGUUUUUAAUCUGUGGUGUACGCUCUGUGCCUGGAGAAGGUGUGGUUCGUGCGAUUGUCUGCGUAUUAAACUUCACACGGAGAAACCUCGAAAAACAGCAGAGAAAUGGCCGAGGCCCACCAGGCAGUGGCAUUCCAGUUCACCAUAACACCAGAGGGCAUCGAUCUGCAGCUGUCCUACCAGGCGCUGAACCAGAUCUACCUGUCUGGAGUACGAUCCUGGAAGAAGCGAGUCAGCCGCGUGAGGAACAGUCUGAUUAAGGGAGUGUACCCUGCCAGCCCGUCAUCCUGGCUCUUCGUUGCCAUAGGAAUCCUGGCCACCAUGUACAUGCAGUCGGAUCCCAGCAUGGGGCUCAUCACCAAGAUACAGCAGCACCUGCCGCUAAGUCUCCACAUGUCCCUCAGCACCCAGGGUCAGACUAUGGUGUCAGCGCUGGUCUUCAGCACUCUGCUGUGGCUCUCUCUCAUCCUGGCCCUCAGGUUCUGCCUCAAACUGCUGCUGUCCUACCACCAGUGGAUGUUUGAAAAGCACGGCCGGAUCUCCAACACCACCAAAGUCUGGGUGCCUCUGGUGAGGUUGCUGUCAAGCAGGAAGCCUUUGCUGUACAGCUAUCAGUCGUCUCUACCUCACCUUCCUGUUCCAGCCAUCCAAGACACAGUGAGCAGGUACUUGGAGUCGGUGCGCCCUCUGCUGACGGACCUGGAGUUUAAACGCAUGACAGACCUGGCCAAUGAGUUUGAGUCGAAUCUGGGAAACCGCCUCCAACGCUACCUGAAACUUAAAGCUCUGUGGGCCACCAACUAUGUGAGUGACUGGUGGGAGGAAUACGUCUAUUUAAGGAGCCGAGGUCCCAUAAUGGUCAACAGUAACUACUAUGGAAUGGAUUUUCUGUACGUGACACCAACCUCAGUGCAGGCGGCCAGGGCGGGGAACACGAUCACUGCCCUGCUGCUCUACCGCCGCAAGGUGAACCGGGAGGAACUGAAGCCGAGCCGCGUUCCGGGUACCGUCAUCCCCCUGUGUGCUGCUCAGUGUGAGAGGAUGUUCAACACAACACGCACACCAGGAGUCGAGACUGAUGUGCUCCAGCACUGGCUAGACAGUGAGUUUGUGGCAGUGUACCACAGGGGGCGCUAUUUUCGCCUGUGGGUAUACCGGGCAGGCCGCCUGCUGUCCCCCAGGGAGAUUGAAUACCAGAUCCAGAGGAUCCUGGAUGACCCUUCACCUGCUCUUCCUGGAGAGGAGAAACUGGGAGCUCUCACUGCUGGAGACAGAAUCCCUUGGGCUCAGAUGAGGAAGCAGUACUUCAGCUCUGGGGUCAACAAGAGAUCGCUGGAUGCCAUUGAGAGGGCGGCCUUCUUUGUAACCUUGGAUGACGAGGAGCAAGGCAUGAGGGGAGAUGACCCAGAGGGGAACUUGGACAGCUACGCCAAGUCUCUGCUUCAUGGGAAAUGUUAUGACAGGUGGUUUGAUAAAUCCUUCUCCGUUGUGAUCUACAAGAAUGGGAAGAGCGGGCUGAAUGCAGAGCACUCCUGGGCUGAUGCACCAACAGUGGCCCACCUUUGGGAGUACACACUGGCCACAGAUGCCUUUCAGCUAGGCUACACUGAGGACGGCCACUGUAAAGGUGAGGUGGAGCCUUCUCUACCCCAACCUCAGAGACUUGUCUGGAACAUCCCGGCAGAGGUUCAGGCUCAAGUCAGCAGUUCCCUAGCUGUUGCACAGGCGCUGGCAGAUGAUGUUGACUGUCACGUGUUUCCAUUCAGAGAGUUUGGCAAAGGACGAAUCAAGAAAUGCCGGAUCAGCCCAGACGCCUUCAUCCAGAUCAGCUUACAACUGGCAUACUACAGGGAUCGCAGUGGCUUUUGUCUGACUUACGAGGCAUCAAUGACCCGCCUGUUCAGGGAGGGCCGGACAGAGACUGUGCGUUCCUGCUCCAACGAGAGCUGCGCUUUCAUCAAAGCUCUGGAGAGUGGAGAGACAGAGGAAGAAUGCAGACGCCUUUUCCAACUGGCUUCUGAGAAGCACCAGAACCUUUAUCGGAUGGCUAUGACUGGAGCAGGAAUCGACAGACAUCUCUUCUGCCUUUACGUGGUCUCCAAAUACUUGGGAGUGGAGUCGCCUUUCCUCAAAGAAGUUCUGUCUGAGCCUUGGCGUCUCUCCACCAGUCAGACUCCAGUUCAGCAGAUGAAUCUGUUCGACCUGAAGAACCACCCAGAUUUCAUCUCGCUUGGUGGGGGCUUUGGACCUGUUGCUGACGAUGGUUAUGGAGUUUCAUACAUCAUCGUGGGUGAAGAUAUGGUCAACUUCCACGUGUCUUCCAAAUACUCCUGCAGUCAGACUGACUCUCACAGGUUUGGAAUUCAGAUAAGUAAGGCUAUGCAGGACAUCAUGGCUCUUCUCUCAGCUGACCCCAAAACCUCUUCGUCAUCCAAAGGCAGAGGCCAUCCGCAGACCAAGAAGCUCGAGUAAAAACAAAUGUCGGCCGACUAUUUCCUUAAUGAUUCCGAACCCACAAUGUUCAAGCACAGCUCAACGAGACAUUAAUUGACGGAGGGAAAGUCGGGGCCAAACAACAGAGAGCUUGUUUCGUAGAUCCAGAUCUUUCGUCUUCUGCGGUCUUUAGACACAACAAACAUUAACAGCAGCCUUUUACAGGCCAACAGAUUAACAUAACUACUGUUGUUGUCCUUUUUUUAAAACCUCCCACUCAGUGACAAAAGAUAAGCCACGACGCUCCCGUACCUCAUCCAUUCGGAAGCCUCUUGUGCAUCAGCACUAAACACACAAACCUUCUUGUAUUCUGAACUUUAAAAAUUCAACUUUUUAAAGUUACAUUUCUCACAGUUUUCUGUGAGAAUAUGAAAAUCUGUGAUCAGCAAAAUAUAUAUUUAUAUGUUGGAAAAAAUGAGGGCAGAUGUCAUCACUUGAGGAGGAAAUCUUUGGAGGCAGAGAAAGUGAGACAAAUGUCCCUGAUAAUCGGCGGAAAGCAUUAAGACGCCUUUAAUCUCACUCAAAGUGAAGAGCGCACUGACACCAUUCAUUGCAAUAUGAUGUUGGAGGUUACUGUGCAUGUUGAAGGGCUUUGUUAAAGUCAGUGGACACCGGAAAGGAAAAAGGAAGUUCUGGCCAAACUGCACUCAUUUAUUUCUUUAUUUGCGGUUGGUUUAUCAGCUGGGAGUGAAGGUGAAAGCCUAAGUCUAGUCUCCAUAAACCUGGUGGAAUUGUUUGAUCACCUGAUCUCCAGAUAAGAGCAGUACAUAAGCCUGAAUCCAAUAAUUAACGUUUUAGUUUAAUUUUUAAAGCCGUCAGAGAACAGACUGUUCAGCCGCAAAGCACAUCGCUUUAUAUGUGGCCGAGUUUAAGGGAAGCUUUGGGCAUCAAAGCCGCAUUUUAAAAUGAUUGUCACAUUUUACUUUUUUUUAAUGCUGUGUUUUUAGUUUGUUUGCUAGCGUGUGGGCUUUUUCUUCACUUACCUUGCUGGUGCUUAGCCACACUCUGCUAAGGCUUGUUGAUACUUACAAAACACUGCUCAUAGUAGUGCAAGUAAGAGUCCUGCAUUCAAAGAUCUGCUCAAGUUCAAGUAUUAUCAGUAAAUGUACUUUUGGAUAAAGAUGGCAAAAGAGUAAAGAAAGGGGGGAAAAAGUCAACUACAGCUCAGACCUCCAGACAACAAGCUUCAAAAGUCUCUUAUCAUUUGAAGCUUGUCUGAAUUGUAAACUUGAGGUUUGGCUCUCCUCACAUUCACAGGCCAUCCAGUCCAAGAAGCUCGAGUAAAACGGCAAAAAAAAAAGUUGGACAAAUAUUCCUUUUAAUUGUCCAGACACUGUCCAAAACACAGCUUAAGAAGACACUAACUGGCAUUAAGUAAACAAUGUGAGACAAGUUAUAACCAGAGGCUUUGAACUUCUGGAUCAGAUGCAGUGUAACUAGAACAAACGUUAAAUGAGACGUCUUUGGCCCAGCUGGAAGAUUUCGUGUCGGUUCUCCUUUCUCUAUCGGGGAAGUGCUGAGAGCACCAGAAACCAAAUGCAAAGCAAGACACAGUGAUGAGAAAUCGCUGUGAAAUGACCGAAUGGGCAUUCUCUGAUGGCUCACAACAUCAAGUUAUAGCUUUCAGGCUGUGUUCUGUUUGGGAUCCAGGGAUAACUAUUAAAAGUGCAGCAUUUUAAGAAGGGAACAGAACAAUGAUGUUCUUUUGUGUCGUGUGCUUAGCGUAGUGAUUAAAAAGGUGAAUCUUGUUUUUGAUAAAUUUGUGGCUAUACUUCUGCAUUUUAGUAACAGUUGUUACAGGGGUUAUGGGAAGAGCAAAAUGGCAGCAUGUGAUCUACAGAUGUUGACAGCUGAGAAGACAGCUGUGUUUCUGUGUCCCGCUGCAUUCAUAUCACUUUGUGUGUGAAUGUGUGUGUGAAUGGGUGAAUGACUGGAUAUGUAAAGCGCUUUGGGGUCCCUAGGGACUAGAAAAGCACUAUAUAAAUACAGGCCAUUUACCAUUUACUUUAAAAAGUUAUUUUUGUUCUCGGUUUGUGCCAGAUAUUUGUUCCUGCCAGCUGCUUGCCAGUUAAGAGCAGAGUGAUGGAAAUACUAACAGCCCACUUGUUGUUUUACAAUUUUCCACGGGGCAUAAAGUGGUCCGUUCCCACAGAGUCUCUUCUCCUAUAUUCAGGUUUAAGAAACGUGUUCACAAAGAAACUGUUUCAGUGCAUUUUUCUCCAAUUAGUGCACUUCCUGCAGCAAACCUUGUAACGUGCCUUUUUAUUAUUGUUAACUGUUUCAUUUCUUGGUUUUAAAUGUUUUGAUGAGGUGUUUGAUGUAAUGAAUUUACAAUAAAAACCCUGCUUGGUUUGCUUUCCAGAAACACUGAAACAAAAAUAUUUUACAUUUUAUGAUAAGAAUACUUUCCAUAAGUGUAUUUGGGAAUAAUGAGUUGUUGAACAGAAGCUUCUUUUAAUGUUGAUAUUUGGAAAUUGCCUAACCAAAAAUUUGACGUCACAACCUGCCUGAAAAUCACCACACUAGCCUUGUGCCUCAGAUGAUUUCACUGUUCAGCAUAGACAGAUUUCUUUUUGUUUUAGGAAGUAACGGAUCCGUGUGGCCAGGCUUCUGACACUUUGGAUGACAAGCCAGUAAAACAGAAAGCAAAGUGGUAACGGUUAGCUUCAUGUUAGGAUCCUCAGAAUAUUUUUUUCUCAUCUUGACUGAUUUGUUAAUGUGUGUGUGUGUGUGUGUGUGUGUGUGUGUGUGUUUGUGUAACCUGGUAACGCUUUUGUAACUGCUCGUGUUGUUUCCUGAUUUUUUUUUUUGUGUUGCUGGGUUUUGGGUUUUUUCCCCUUAGUACAUCGUUUUCAUUCUAAAAUGCAUAUAAAUCUGCAUUAUAUGCAUUUGUGGACUCUGAUCACCUUCCACAGAUGGAUCUGAUGUGUUGUGUAAAAUAAAAUAUUUACUGUCCA